AACAUUUUUAACUUUUAUGACCUCUAAAAAUAUGUUUACGUAGAUGAGCACAACGCCUUUAUGAAGUAUUAUCGGAUGAGUGGGCACCUUCUAUUUAAAAAAAACAUUGAAUACAUAGUAUCUAUUCGGGAAUGCUCAGUCUAUAGAUGAAGAUUACAUGAUUUUUGUCAUCGUUUUAUGUUAGUCUCAGAUACUAGCAAGUGAAAACACUGAAGGACUUCGUUUGUUUAUGACUUACAUAAUCAAGUAUAUUUAAGUUUAAUAUCCAACAAUAUAUUGCUACAAAAGUAUAUAUUGCUUCCGAAGUCUACAUCGCUGCGACACGAAACACAUGCUCGUGGGGACUGUACAUCCAACAAUGGAAUCUUUUCUGAUGAAGAAUGCGUUAUUGAAGGCCCUUGUAAUGAUGAUAGUACAUGUACAUCAAAUCACCAACGAAACAUCCGACGUCACGACUCUGAACCUGUCCUUCAGAAAGUUGACAAAGGUGACUAAUGGCUCGUUCGAUAUGUUUCCUAAUCUAAGAAAGAUUACUCUGAGUAACAAUGAUAUUUCUAAGCUAGAACCUGGAGCUUUUUCUGGUUUACAUGCACUGGAGGAAAUAGAAUUAGAUUACAACAAACUUGACACAUUACCAGAUGGAGUUUUCGGUGGAUUGACAUCUUUGUCACAUCUUGACCUUGGUAACAAUAAACUCAGAACAUUGCAAAAUGGAAUAUUCAAUAGCCUAACAAACUUGAAAAGUCUUAGUCUACAUCUUAAUGAAAUAUCAGAACUUCCAGAUGGAAUAUUCAAUAACCUGACAUCCUUGAAACGACUUGUCCUAUCUAGAAAUAAAAUAUCAAUACUUCCUGGUCAAAUAUUUCAAUCCAUGACAUCCUUAACAUCGCUUUCCCUAUCUUACAAUGGAAUAGCAGUGCUUCCAGAUAAGUUAUUCCAAAGCCUGACAUCAUUGACAUCUCUUGGACUCUCUUAUAAUAAUGUAUCAAUGCUUCCAGAUAAAAUAUUUCAAAGCCUGACAUCCUUGACAUCUCUAUACAUUGAAGGCAAUAAGCUAAGAGAUAUCGCGCCUGGUGUGUUUAAAAACCUUAAAAGGCUUUCUGGUCUCAAUCUUAUGAACAACCAUCUUGUAGAGGUGCCUACUGAUAUAUGUCUGUUUUUGCCACGGCUGGUGAGGAUAUAUUUGAUUGGAAAUAACAUAUCUUCUAUACAACCAUCGUGGCACUUAGAGUAUAUUGAUGCAAUAAGGAAGAGUGACUUUUGCCUCAAUGUAAAUUCCACUAUGGCCUCUUCAUUUUCACUUUCAACAACAGACGGUAAUGCUAACGAAACAGAGCGCUCAACGCAAAUAAUACAACUUUCUUCCACAACCAAAAUAUUUACCCAAACUGCACAAACAUCUCCACAAAUUUCACAAACACCUGUUCAAAUGACACCGAGAGCUACUGAAAUGAUACAUGAACUUAAUACGACGAAUAAACCAUCCAUUCAAUCGACACAGUUGCCUGCAGAGGCAAAUACUACUUUUGUACACCCAUUGAAUGCUUCACAAACAUCUCCACAAAUUACACAAACACCAACUCAAAUGACACAGAGAUCUAAUCAAAUGACACAAACACCAACUCAAAUGACACAGAGAUCUAAUCAAAUGACACAGGCACUUAAUGGGACGAAUAAACUAUAUAUUCAAACAACACAGUUGUCUGUAGAGGAAAAUCCUUACUUUGUACACCCAUCGAAUGAUUCAUUAGUUGGUUGGUUAAUUGGUUUGACAUGUGGAAUUGCAGCAUUAUUUCUGUUGGUAAUAAUCCAUGCAGCAUCGUUUGUGUUACAUUUAAGAAAAGAAAAACAACAAAUCAGAAUGCUGUUAUAUGAAUACCAGUCGAAACUUUGAUAAAUAGUGCUAUGCUACGAUAUGUUGCUGCUUGCCUUUCAACUCAUACUGUCAGUUUGUCUUGAUGGUACCAACAAUUACAUUCCCUUGACACCCCAAUAGCCAACAAUAAUGUAACAUGUUUUCAAAAGGAAAUUACCCAUAGCCUGAAUAAAUGCAAAGGUUGCUAUUCAUAGGCUUUUGGAAAUUAUUGUAUACGAAUAAAUAUAUAACAAUAAUGAUGUAUUAUAUGUUUUCAAAAGGAAAUUGCCCACAGCCUGAAUAAAUGUAAAGGUUGCUAUUCACAGGCGUUUGUGAACUAUUUUGUAUAUAGUUCAAAAUAGCAACUAUGGUGUAUUUUGUUUUAAAACUGUUAUACCAAAUGUGUAUGCUGAUAUUCUUUGGCGUUUGUGAACUAUCUUAUAUA